AGGAAAGAGAAGUAAUAAAUAACACCAACAAAAUACAAGAAGAAAAAGCAAACCGACCAACCAACCUACCAUCUCUUUUAGUUUCAUUCUUCUCUCCUUAAAACUACAUCCUUAGUUAUUCACUCUUGGGGAGUGUGGCUGCCAUCAUGGAAUUCAGAUCCAAAUCAUGCAGGGGUGAGAUUCUGCAGAUUGAAAGCUACAAUGGAGGAAGGGUGGCACCAACAAGCAUGCAAGAUCUGAGGUCCUACAGUGCAAAUUAUGCUGCUUCAUCUGCUUAUCCAUACAAGAUAGGUAAGGAAGUGAAGUUGGAAAAAGGAAAAGGCACAGUUAGCAGCAAAGCAUCAAAAAGUUGGAGCUUCAAUGACCCUGAGUUGCAGAGGAAGAAGAGAGUAGCUGGCUAUAAAAUAUAUGCUGUGGAAGGGAAAAUGAAAGGAUCACUGAGGAAGAGUUUGAGGUGGAUUAAGAACACAUACACACAAGCUGUCCAUGGAUGGUGGUGAUUAAUCGGUAUAUAGUUGUAUACCAUAUAGUAUAUAGUGAUGCUAUGUUUUUUUACCCUUUUGUUUUGUGUUGUGAUUUACUUAUUUUCAUAUGGAUUCUAAAUCUAUUUUAAUCAAAUUCACCUUCCUUAGCUAAGUGAAA